GCAGCUGGCUAGCAAGAUUUAGCGGGCAGUGUCUCCAUUGGCUUACUGUACACGUACACAGCAGCAAGCCAGCUGAGCAACUCGAGCCCACGCUGACAGGCCCAGCCAUCCUGACCAUGCUGCAGAUCCUGUUCACCUGUCUCCUCUGCCUGUGCACCUGCGGCCUCUGGACCGCCCAGGCUGAGGACCCCGGUGCCAUUUCCAGCACAGAGAGCCCUCACCGGGGCCUGGCACCCACCAACGUAGACUUUGCCUUCAGCCUGUAUCAGCGUCUGGCGGCCUCGGCUACAAACAGUAACAUCUUCAUCUCCCCUGUAAGUAUCUCCACGGCCUUGGCCAUGCUGGCACUGGGUUCCUCUGGACACACUCGGACUCAGCUUCUCCAGGGCCUGGGCUUCAACCUCAGCACGACAUCAGAUACCGAGAUCCACCAGAACUUCAGAGAGCUGCACCAGCUGCUCAGGGAGUCAAACAUGGGCUUGGAAAUGGCCACGGGCAACGGCUUAUUCCUUGACCACAAGCUGCAUCCACGGGAGUCCUUCUUAGCAGACAUCAGACACUACUAUGGGUCAGAGGCCCUCACAGCAGAUCUUCAGGACUGGAGCAGGGCCAGCAAACAGAUCAAUGAGUACAUCAACAAUAAGACACAGGGCAAACUCGUGGAUACCUUCUCAGAACUGGAUGGUCCAGCCAGCCUUAUCCUGGUCAACUACAACUUCUUCAGAGGCAUAUUGAAACACCCCUUCGACCCAGAAAACACCAGGAAGAAGGACUUCCAUGUGAACGAGACGACAACGGUGACAGUGCCCAUGAUGUUCCGGUCAGGCACUAUGAAAUACCUGCUCGACCCAGUGCUCCCCUGCCGGCUGGUGCAGCUGGACUGCACGGGCAACGCGACCAUCUUUCUCAUCCUUCCGGACCAAGGGCAGAUGGACGCAGUCAUCAAGGGGCUGAGCCGGAAGACAAUCCGCCGGUGGGAGAUUUCCCUGACCAGUGGCCUGGUGAACCUGUACCUGCCGAAGUUCUCGAUCUCCAGCACCAACGACCUCAGCGCCCUGCUGGCAGACCUGGACUUUGCAGCCCUGUUCUCUAACCAGGCCAACUUCUCAGCCAUCACCCAGGAGUCUCCGCUGGAGCUAAUAAAGGUGGUCCACACAGCCUUGCUGAGGAUGGACGAGAGCAAUGCAAUGAAACCAGCAGACCCUGCGGUCAUCAUAAAGCAGGAGUAUGAGGCAGCGGUCACGUUCGAAUUCAACCAUCCCUUCUUUGUCAUGAUCUUCGAUCACCUCACAUGGAGCAGCUUGCUCCUGGGCCAGAUUAUGCACCUGAGCUGACAGCACAGCCUCCUGGGAGCCGCUGCACCACCUGGCCUUGGGGGACAGCCCUCUUCUGUCUCCUCCACCAGGCCAGAGCCGUCCCUACCUUUACGCAUCUUGUAAUAAAAAACAAUUGUUGCAGA